UGCUGUAUCUUAAACACGUGGUAGCGGCGGUGCAGCAUCAGAGCAUCCUACUGUUCAUUGCAUCCCCCACGGGCGUUCUGCGCCUCACCUUGACUCAGAAGUACUACAGGGACGAGCCAGCACCUUCCUCCACACCCACCAGGAAUCUUUCCCUCUGAACAGCCAUGGCAAAGAUCAAAACCAUCAAGACCACCAGGCCAGGCCCUCCGAAGGCCAAGAAGACCUCUCCAUUCAAAAUCAAGAAGACUGUCACUCACAAGGCCAAAGCUGCUGCUUCACCUGCUGCUAAGAAGACCACUGCUGCCAAGUUCAUCGCCCUUCAGAAGUCUGGUGAUGGGGAAUUUCGAAAGAAGACACUGCAGAAGAGACAAGCCCUCAGGCAUAACAGAAAAGAUGAUGACAGGAGAGCCAUCAUCAUGCUGUCCAAUAUUCCCCACGGCUUCUUCGAGGGACAGAUAUUCCGAUACUUCAGGCAGUUUGGAGUGGUGGAGAAUGUUAGGCUUGUACGCAGCAAGAAGACUGGCCAGAGCUGCGGCUUUGCAUACGUGGAGUUCCAACACGAUGAGGUGGCGAAGAUUGUGGCCAAGCAUAUGAAUGGAUACCUCACCUUUGGCAAGAUAAUGAAAUGCAUGGUCAUUCCUCCCAGCAUGGCGACCAUAAACCUGUUCAAAGGCAAGAAUACCCGGCCAAACAACUGUCCCAAAGUGAACAUGAGGAAAGGAGCCGUUAGGAAGCUGAACAAGCAGCGUUCACAGAAGCAGAUCAAGAGAAGGGAGUCGAGACUGAUAGAUACCUAUGUCAGGAAGGUCAAGCAAUUGAAGGAGCUGGGCAUUGAUAUCCCCUUGAAGAUUCUUCUUGGCACACAGCUACAGAGCAGUGGUGCAUUGGAGGGCAAAGCAGAGGACAAGAGCACAGCAGAGGACAAGAGCACAGCAGAGGCAGGCCAGGCAGUGAAUGGACACGCCACAGAUGCCCCUGCUGUGGUGAAGGACAAGGACCAGGUUGCGGUGACCAUUGUAGAUGAUGCCUCUGAUUUUGAGCCAUGUGAAGACGUUAAUCCUGACCUGACAGAGCAGCAGAAGGAGGCAUUUGGAGCAGCACGUGAAGAGCUUGCUUCCAAGAUAAUGAGUAGCUUGGAAUCCACCAAAAUGAGGAAGACCCCAAAGAAAUCAGGAGGCAAAGCAAAAGCUGCAGCAGAGGAGAUGUUGUUGAUAGAGGUGGACGAGAGCGAUGAUGAAAUUGUGCUGAAGACGCCGCCCAAUGCUAUCAAGAAGCUUGUCAAGAAGGGUGCUAAGUCCACACCCAGAGCUACACCCAAAGACAAGACCAAGACGCCCAAAUCAGUAAAAGGAACACCUAAAGCAGGAAAGGCAACACCCAAGGCAGCAAAAAAGACACCAAAAACAGCAAAAGCUACUCCGAAAUCAGCAAAAAAGACACCCAAGGCACAAAAGGAGACCACUGAGGUAAUGGAAAUCACACUCAAGGCAGAAAAUACACUGGAAGUAGCAGAGGUACCCACAGAAACAUCCAAAGUAUCAGAGGCACUCACAGAAACAUCCAAAGUAUCAGAGGCACUCACAGAAACAUCCAAAGUAUCAGAGGCACUCACAGAAACAUCCAAAGUAUCAGAGGCACUCACAGAAACACCCAAAGUAGCAGAGGCACUCACAGAAACACCCAAAGUAGCAGAGGCACUCACAGAAACACCCAAAGUAGCAGAGGCACUCACAGAAACAUCCAAAGUAUCAGAGGCACUCACAGAAACACCCAAAGUAGCAGAGGCACUCACAGAAACACCCAAAGUAGCAGAGGCACUCACAGAAACAUCCAAAGUAUCAGAGGCACCCACAGAAACACCCAAAGUAUCAGAGGCACUCACAGAAACACCCAAAGUAGCAGAGGUACCCACAGAAACACCUGUAGAAGCACCUGAAGAAGUGAACACAGUGGCCAAAACACCCAAAGCCACACCAGGAACUAAGACGACGACACCCAAACCAAAAAGUAAGGCAGAACUAGCAGAGGAAAUAUUCAUAGCUCUUGAACCUGACACACUAGAGGCAGGAAGUACCACCCCCAGAACUGUGAAAAAGACAAAUAACAAGAAAAAGACUCCUAAGAUUGCAAACACAACACCUAAAGCCUUCUCAAAUGGAGUGGAGCACGAUACACCCAAGACAGAAGAACCAACACCUGCAGAGACACAGAGUACGCCCAAAUCAGGGAAGAAAAGACUAAACAAAAAGAAGACACCUGGCGUUGAAAGUUUAGCUAAUGGAAAUGUACAAGACACGCCAGAUAGUAAGGAGACACCAAAAGCAAAGAAAAUGAGAGUGAGUGAAAAUAACAUAGAGGAUGCACAAGAAGUUGCAACCCCAAUACCUCAACCCACACCAGGAAAGAAGAAAGGCAGUCAGACACCAACACGAACUCCCAAAACCACACUAGGGAAGAAGAAAGGAAGCAAGACACCAGUACCAACUCUCAAAACCACACCAGGGAAGAAGAAAGGAAGCAAGACACCAGUACCAACUCUCAAAACGACACCAGGGAAGAAGAAAGGCAGUCAGACACCAACACGAACUCUCAAAACCACACCAGGGAAGAAGAAAGGCAACCAGACACCAAGUCAGACUCCCAAAGCUACACUGGGGAAGAGGAAACAUGUUGAGGAUGCAGCACCAGGAACUGAAGCUACACCAGGAGAGAAAAAAGGCAACCAGACACCUGCACAAACUCCCAAAGCUACACCAGAGAAGAAGCAGCAUGUUGAGAAUGUAGCACCAGGAACUGAAGCUAUAACAGGGGAAGAAAAGGGUAACCAAACACCAGCGCAAACUCCCAAAGCUACACCAGGGAAGAAGAAAGGCACCAAGACGCCAAAACGAACUCUCAAAACCACACCAGGGAAGAAGAAAGGCAACCAGACACCUGCACAAACUCCCAAAGCUACACCAGGGAAGAAGCAGCAUGUUGAGGAUGCAGCACCAGGAACUGAAGCUACAACAGGGGAAGAAAAAGGUAACCAAACACCAGCACAAACUCCCAAAGCUACACCAGGGAAGAAGAAAGGCACCAAGACGCCAAAACGAACUCUCAAAACCACACCAGGGAAGAAGAAAGGCAACCAGACACCAACUCAGACUCCCAAAGCUACACCAGAGAAGAAGCAGCAUGUUGAGGAUGCAGCACCAGGAACUGAAGCUACAACAGGGGAAGAAAAAGGUAACCAAACACCAGCGCAAACUCCCAAAGCUACACCAGGGAAGAAGCAGCAUGUUGAGAAUGCAGCACCAGGAACUGAAGCUACAACAGGAGAGAAAAAGGGCAACCAGACACCUGCACAAACUCCCAAAGCUACACCAGAGAAGAAGCAGCAUGUUGAGAAUGUAGCACCAGGAACUGGAGCUACAACAGGGGAAGAAAAAGGUAACCAAACACCAGCGCAAACUCCCAAAGCUACACCAGGGAAGAAGAAAGGCACCAAGACGCCAAAACGAACUCUCAAAACCACACCAGGGAAGAAGAAAGGCAACCAGACACCAACUCAGACUCCCAAAGCUACACUGGGGAAGAGGAAACAUGUUGAGGAUGCAGCACCAGGAACUGAAGCUACAUCAGGAGAGAAAAAGGGCAACCAGACACCUGCACAAACUCCCAAAGCUACACCAGAGAAGAAGCAGCAUGUUGAGAAUGCAGCACCAGGAACUGAAGCUACAACAGGGGAAGAAAAAGGUAACCAAACACCAGUGCAAACUCCCAAAGCUACACCAGGGAAGAAGAAAGGCACCAAGACGCCAAAACGAACUCUCAAAACCACACCAGGGAAGAAGAAAGGCAACCAGACACCAACUCAGACUCCCAAAGCUACACCAGAGAAGAAGCAGCAUGUUGAGGAUGCAGCACCAGGAACUGAAGCUACAACAGGGGAAGAAAAAGGUAAUCAAACACCAGCACAAACUCCCAAAGUUACACCAGGGAAGAAGAAAGGCACCAAGACGCCAAAACGAACUCUCAAAACCACACCAGGGAAGAAGAAAGGCACCAAGACACCACCACAAACUCCCAAAGCUACACCAGGGAAGAAGCAUGUUGAGAAUACUGCACCAGGAACUGAAGCUACAACAGGGGAAGAAAAAGGUAAUCAAACACCAGCACAAACUCCCAAAGUUACACCAGCGAAGAAGAAAGGCACCAAGACACCAAUACGAACUCUCAAAACCACACCAGGGAAGAAGAAAGGCACCAAGACACCACCACAAACUCCCAAAGCUACACCAGUAAAGAGGAAAUGUGUUGAGGAUGCAGCACCAGGAACUGAAGCUACACCAGGGGAAGAAAAAGACAACCAAACACCAGCACAAACUCCCAAAACCACACCAGGGAAGAAGAAAGGCACCAAGACACCAACGCGAACUCCCAAAGCUACACCAGUAAAGAGGAAAUGUGUUGAGAAUGCAGCACCAGGAACUGAAGCUACACCAGGGGAAGAAAAAGACAACCAAACACCAGCACAAACUCCCAAAACCACACCAGGGAAGAAGAAAGGCACCAAGACACCAACACAAACUCCCGAAGCUACACCAGUAAAGAGGAAAUGUGUUGAGGAUGCAGCACCAGGAACUGAAGCUACACCAGGGGAAGAAAAAGUCAACCAAACACCAGCACAAACUCCCAAAACCACACCAGGGAAGAAGAAAGGCACCAAGACACCAACACGAACUCUCAAAACCACACCAGGGAAGAAGAAAGUCAGCCAGACACCAACACGAACUCUCAAAACCACACCAGGGAAGAAGAAAGGCAGCCAGACACCAACACAGACUCCUAAAGCUACACCAGGGAAGAGGAAACGUGUUGAGGAUGCAGCACCAGGAACAGAAGCCACACCAGACAAGAAGGAAAGGUUGAAAAAGGCCACACCAGGAAAGAACAUGACCCCAAAAGCUAAGUUAGGCAAGACAGGUGCUAAGACCCCUAAAAUGAUUGGUGCGCUUGAACUGACCCCAUGCACCAAAAAGCAGAAAGUACUUGUAGCAUCGUAAUGUUUUCUGGAUUACUGUUGAAGUGAAUGUAUUGAGAAGUGUCAAAAGGGCAUGAAGGAAGGUUAGGGUUCAUACAGGUACCUAAAUCACAGUGUCAUAAUGUUUCCUUAGUUGAGUUACUGAAGUGAAUGUGUUGAGAAGAGUGAGAAAGGGCAUGAAGGUUGGGUACUCAGGUACUCAGAAUUUGUGGGUUUGUAGGAGGAGUAGAUCAGGAAGUAUUCCUGAUCCUGCAGCCUCUUGAGUCUGAUGUGGUGAAGCAUCCUUGUCGACUUAUUUUACAAGAAGAAUGAUGGAAAGAGAAUAAAGUCACUUCAAUGUUU